AUGGAGUUAAAUUCGAAACCAAAGGCAAAAGACCCUGCCCCCAUGGAUACAGGGCUGGACACUGAAAACCAGUCCCCAACAGGGGAUGACAAGGAGCAGAGAGAAGAACCUCGAAAAGAAGCAAGAGAUUUGAACACCACUGAACAGGGAAUAAAGAAACAUGAAGCUCCGGUGAGAGUAGGAGCGGUAAAACUGUUCUCCCAAAAGGAGAGCCAUGAGAAAGGAACCAAUAGAGUCCCUGGGAGAGUCUGGAAGAGGCAUGAACAGAGACGAGGUAGGAAAAUAAACCAAGUGAAACUCACCCCUCAGAAGAGAACAAUGGCAGCAGAGGGGCAAGAUAGGAGCGAGAUGGAGGGAGGGGAAGCUUUCCAGAAGAAGGCACGAGCACUGUCUUUUGAUCAUAUGGUAGUGAAUCCAAAAGACCAAGGAAAGGAAGCAAUGACUGAAGCUAAUGGACCUGAAAUAGCAGGGGAAACACAAAGCGGGAAGAAAACAACAAAUGAGAGGGAUACCACAAAAAUGGUUGACAGAAUGGCGGCUCCUGAUAAGAAUCAGGACCACCCAGCCCAAUGA